CCUAUUAAUGUGAAAAGUGCACGUGUAUUAAUUCUUAGUAUACAGAUAAAAAUGAACAUCAGUAAAAAAGCCACAAAGUUCACAAAACAAACGGCUAUUGAGUUGAAAGCAUACAGAGAUGAUUAUGAUAAAGAGGAAUUAAAGAGAACAUUUAUAGAGGCAGUAAAAAGUAUAUCAAAGAAAGAUAUUAAGACAGAAAUUCUACAAAAUGUUGACAAAUAUGUGAAAAAGUUAGACAAGUUUCUCAGGAAAUCUCAAAACAGGCAGCAUGUUAGAGAGGAGGGAGAUUUGCCAGAAUUUGACUAUAAUUUAUAUCAACCAGACGGACAUCAACUCCAAAACACAGAGGGUAAAACAGAAAAAGAAAGAGAAUUAUUGGUGAACCAAAUUAUAGCUGAAAGAAUUCAUCAGGACCCAGAGGUGUUGAAUUUGUUAGAUGACUUCCCACCAGAGGAUAAAAGUUUUCCACAGUUGUCAAGUUGUCACAAGUUGUUGAAGUUGACUUCAGGAUCAAAACAUGCAGAGACAUUACGACAAAUAAUGCUAAAAUAUUUCAGAGUUGUACAGACUCAAGCAGAAGAUCUUGUGGCAGGUGAAGAAACAGACAGAUGCUCUGAGAUGGCAACAGAAAUAAGAAAUUUUGUUAGUGUAUGUCAUCUGAGGAAACAACACUGUGAUCAGUGUGAAGAUGAGAAAAAGCCAUCAUAUGAAGAUAUAUUAACAUCACUUUUAUCGCUGUAUGUGGAAUUGUUCCUACAGUCUAAUAGGUCAGGAAAUAACAAAAACAAGAUGGGGAGACAACUCUGUGGCUUUGUUAAGUAUUUGUUACCAUGGCAGCAACAUCAGCUAGACUUACUUUUACAAUUGUCUUCAGUGACAGAAGAAGAUGCAGAAGUUAUUAUUCCUCUGGCAAGGGCUAUAUUGAUAAAGACAGAGGAGUAUCCUGAGGAAAAGAUUUAUCUUAGACAGGUUCUGGCUGUAAGGUCCCUCCAUAGUAAAGUAGGGGAUGCAGUGGACGACAUCAAUGAGACAAUGAAGUCAGUGUCAGCGCCAAGAAAAUUGCUGUCAUGGUUACGAAACCAAGAUGCACCCCUAGUUGAGGAAUUUCCAAACGAUAAAAAAUUUAAAGGGACCAUUGUGACAAAGUUUUUGUUAGAGGAAGCUACAGAGGAUCAGACUGAAAGACUAACAGAUAUAUUUUCUUAUAAUGAAGCAGAUGAUGAAGAGGAAUCGCAAAUGGAUAAAACUCCUUCUAAGGGAGCACCAUCUACCAAACAGAAAGAAGAUUUAGAACAGCUCAAUUUCUUUAUCGAUACUGGUGUGAAACAGGACAAGUUGGAAUCUGCUGCCAGUGAAGACUUAUUCUACAUUGAUAAGGGAGGAUUAGCUUUAGGACAGAACAAAGCAAAAGACAUGAAGGACCAAUCAGAGGAUGAGAAUGAGGCUGAUGUUGCCAUGGAUACAGAUCUAAAUGACAAUGUAGAAAAGAUGGACGUAGAAAUAUUUCAUAUUGAUACCUCUUUAACUAUGACACUGAAAAAAGAUGAAAACAAACAUUUGGAAGAAAAAGAGAAUGAAAUAAUUACUAGCGAUGACCAAACAUUGGAAGCAGAUAAACAUGAAAGUCUUGAGGUAAAAAAUGUCGAUAUACUUGAUGACAAUGAUCAAAGUCCAAAAAAUCACAUUAGAAAAAACCUUGAUCCUGUUCCAGAUUCAAUUAAAAAAAACAGCAGACGGUCAAGAAAAAGUUCAGCAUCCCUUGAUAACCUGACUGAUUCAGAAAAUAAUUGUAAAAGUUUGGGAAUUAGUUCAAGCAAAAAAAAGUCACAUUUACAAAUUGAUAGAGUUAAUAAAGUAAUGUAUUUGAGAAAAAGUCCUAUAAAAUCUUCUGUCAGUUCUGAUGUUGAGGACUUGUUAGAGGUGAUGGACAAAGACAUGCACAAUAAGUCUGCGAAGAAGAGUUCAAAAAAAUUAGCCUCUGUUGAAGUUUAUGACGGAAAUUGUAUUGAAGAUAACAACAAAAGAGAAAGGAAAAGUUCUUUGACAUCAAAUGAGAAAGACCUGAAACAAGAAAGCUACGAACAGAAGAGUAAUACAUCUUUGUCAGAAAAAAUAGGAAAUCAUGGUGAUAAUAUGGAUUUUUCACUUGUAAUAGAAUAUCAAGGUGCAGUAAAACAUUCAGAUGAUAGUGGAAAAGGGAAUGUUAAUCGUUUGAAGAUAAGAGCUCAAAUUGGUGAGGGAGAUUCUGGAAUUGAAAAUAUAGAAGACAAAAAUGAGGAAACUGCGAGAAAUCAAGAUAAAUUGAGGAGGAAUAAAAGUUUGUCAGAAAGUUCAGUGGCAUCUGAUUUAAGCACUAAAGGAAAACAAAGUAAAGAACAGGUGAAAACCAUCUUUCAGUCUCGGAAUACUAGACGAUCCACACGUUUAUCAGAAUGUUCUGUUAGCUCAGAUUUAAAUGAUGAAAAACCUGAAUCGGUCAAAGAUAUGAACGAUAACAGUAAAUUAAAAGAAAGUCAGAAGAAACAAACACAAAUUGAAAAAUUUAUGGUACCAAGAUACAAGAUAAAGAGUUGGCAGGAUAAAUUUGGUGGUCAGGAGUUUCAGGCUAAUGGAGCUGACCACAUAAAUAGUAAGGAAUUAUCACCAGCUGUAAGGAAAACAAGAUCAGGUAGAAGAAUAAGUUCCAGAGUGAGUCCAGAGAAACACAGUUCUAAAGCAAGUACAACAGAAACAUCAAUGGACGAUUCUCUUCUAAGUCUAGAUAUGACUGUGGCAGAUGACUAUGAUUCAAGUUCAUCAAAUAAGAGGGAAAGACAGAAAAAAAAACAAAUAAAUGCAGAUGAUCUGGUUGUGCCAGAUUCUAACGAUGAGGAAUUUGAAGAUUCACCAAUUUUACCUAAUAUAACCCAAUUCAUGGCAAAAACUGAUACAGAAUUAAGUUUAUCAGGGGAGGUAAUCAAUAGUGGCAGGAAAAGGGAAAAUGACCUUGGAACACCUAGAUCACUUAGGAAAAGAAAAAGGUCAUGUGAAUCAUCAACACCGAUCAGUACUAAGAAGAUUUCAGAAGAAUCUGAGUCAAAGGAGUGUUUAGAGAUAAACGAUUCAACGAAAAAGAAUCUUCCAAGGAUCAUAGAAACUGAAGAAUACAUUGUAAUGUCAGAACCCAGCAGUGAGGGUCAACAGGGAGAAUCAGAAUCAAGUGAGAAAAUUGAGAAAUCAAAGCAAUCUAAGAGAAGACAGUCAGAGCCAUUGAGUAAGAUGAAUACACCAAACAAAACAAGACGGAAAAGUGAAGCAUACAGUUUAAAGAAAGGUAUGACAUUACGUACAAGAAAAAGUAGUGCAUCACAUGAUUAGCAGAAUUGAGUUGAUUGGUGCAAAACUUUUUAAACUACUCACAAGAAGAACUUUACAAAAUCCGAAAGAAUUUUUAUUUUCAAAUGAAAAGAUUCUAUAAAUGAGUUUUAGCAGAUUCUGUGCUUUGGUUGAAAAUCUUAAAUAUCUAGUAAGGAUAAAUGUUAUGCUUGCAUUGUUAAUAUCAAAGAAUGAUAAAUAUAUGAAUUUAUGUUAAUGAUAUGUAAAUUUUUAUAGAAAUGAUGGCAUAAAAGUUCAUUUCCAAUGACAAUGUCUUAUUUUGAUUAACCACUGAAAAUUCAGAAAUUAUUGCGAUCUUAUAAUUUUAAACUGAAACCAUAAAAUUAAUG